AUGUUGAAUUUAUUUAAUUUAUACGAAGAGAAAAAUUACUUUCUAAAAUUGCACUUACCGGGUGCUAUUCCUUCAGAAAACUAUCUUGCAAUUGCUUUAUUAUAUUGUCUACCAAUUGUUUUACAAUUGAUCCCUCCAACCACCCUGCAAAUUUCACUCAUUGUUAUCCCUUUACUUAAUGCUCUUAAUGUUGAAGCGGCUCGUGCUAUGCACAGAAAAUGUGUUUUUAAUUUGUUUGAUCACGAGUUUCUUUUUGUUAAAUAUGUUUCAAAAUAUCAAUUGUUGUUUAUGAAACAACUGAAGCAUAUUGGGUUCAAAGGUCCACUCCUGUUCAUUUUUGGUCCAGAAAAAAUACGCAACCCAUUAAACCUUGUAACGACAAAGCAUUUACUUUAUUCUUUAAUAACACCAAAUCUUUGUUCUUUUUGUGUAAAGGCAAUUUUGUUCUCAUUUUUAAAGAAGACUCAACAUAAAGCCAAUUUUAGAUUAAAUAUCUGCAAAGCAGACACCAACAACAUUUGUCCUCCAUGUAUCCGCUUUAUGGAAAUUCCAGAUGAUGUAUUUCAUGAAAUAGCGAAAAAGUCAGGCGUAUCGAAGUUAAGAAUGAAUAGUGAAUUUGAUAAAUACUUAUCUGCUAACUAUAAAAAACAAGAUGCAUCAAUACCAAAGAGAAAGAAAGUUAGCAUCAAAGAGAGCAUUGCUGACAUUGGUGAGACUUUUUUAAAGUUUAAGCGUGUUUUUUCGUCUCAAAUUUAUAACCUGUCUUGUUUAUAUUUUUCAGAAUGGAAAAUAGCAAAGUGUUGUUCUGAUAUUAAUAAUGGAAACAUUCGUAAUUAUCUUCUGUCAUCUCAUUGUAAGAAAAUCAGCGAAAUUCUCAUGCAAGUGGAUGCUGUUAGUAAAAGAAUAUCUCAAAAGUAUGAUAAGCAUAAAGAAAUAAUAUCAAAAUCUUCAAAUAAUCCAACAUUUUAUACAAGACAAUUGCCUACAGAAAGUUUAGCAGUGCAAUUAGAGUCGCCAUGUAUGAAAUCUGUUCGGGAAACCUGUGAAGAAAUCUCCACAUAUUUUUAUAAUGAGUAUUCAAAAAAUGCUGGACUAACAGAUACAGCAGGUGAAGACAGCUGCAACGAGAUAAGUAAAGAUCAAUUAUGGAGCAAAGCAGAGAAUAUCAUGCAUACAUUCAAUCCUAAUGAAGUGAGCCAAAGUAUCAUUAGUAACAUAGUACAAUCGACAUCAAAUCUAAACAUACUUUCAUCUGGAAUUGAUUUAACGAAAGAUGCUUGCGACUUACGGUUUAAAUUUGAGACUGGUAAACUGAAAGACAUUUCUACAACGCCUGCUCUACUGCAAACAGUUCAUCAACUUAUUGAGGAAAGUCAGGUAGCACAUUUUCAGCAAUUUCUAAUCUCGGAAGAAGCAAAAAAUAAUACUUGGGAAUUAGAGAGAAAACUAAACUCAAUUAACGCUCAAAUAAAUGAAAUACUGCAGCAGAAAUAUGAUGAUGUAACAGCUAAAAAUAUGCGAAAUUUCUACUCCUUGCAGCAAGAACAUGGUUCAUUACUCAGUUCUUUGAACUGCCUUCAAAGUGAGACCAAAAGGUUAAGAAAAGAAAAAGAAGAAAGAGAAAAUGCUAUGGGGUUGUUACUUCAAAAGUAUAACAGAAUUCAAAGCUUUAAUAAGACAGUGCAUGCCAAACAGACAAUUAUACAAAAGCUGAUUAAGAAUAAUGGUGGAUCAAAGUCCAGGCUUCAACAACAACAAAGAGAUAUUAUAAUCGCAGCCGAAGAAAAGAUUUUAAAGCUGCAAAAUGAAGUUCUUCAACUCAGCGAGAAGUACCAACAACUAUGGAUUGAAGAAGUGGAAAAGUUUAUGGUUGUUCCCAUCCAAAAUUUGAUGUCUUCUCGCAUUGCAAGUAAUACAAAGGAGCUAGUUGCUGACCUAUCAUUAAACAGACUGGAUCCUAGUUUCAACCAACCAGGAGAAAAACAACUCAACACAAUUCUAAACAAAUUUGGCAUACCUUCUUACACGUCACCGGAAAACAUCAUCCCGUGCAUUGCGAAAAUCAAACAUGAAUUAUACAAAUCUGACCACGACGUUAAAUUUUAUGAGCAUGAAGUGGAAUCAUUGAAACAAACUCUUUCAACAGCAAAAGAUAUUCAUACGCAGUUGAAAGGAGGAGGAGAUGAAGAAGCACUGUCAAUGGUGCCGUCUCUGAAAAAAAGUAAAGCAAAAUCGUCUCAGAUUAUGGAAGAGUGUGUCAUGUUCAAAAACUCAGCACAAACAUGGUGGGAGCAACCAGCACAAACAACCGUACCUUGGAUAACAGAGGAUGGGUUGAAUUUACAACAAUACCUUGAUCAGUUUUCAAAUCAUGCAGAUAUGAUCAGGAAAUUACAACUCGUUGCGCCAAAUUGAACAUCAGACAUUUUUCAAGUAUUAUUACGUCGCUGUGAAUAAAAAGGAAGUUAAACUGAGCAAUAUGAUAUGUGGAAAAUAUAUAAACUGAGCAAUAUUA